AUGUCCCAUCACAUCGCGCUCGUAUCGCGCCCGCGCAUCGCGCCCGCCCCGGUCCGCGCGCGCUCCUCGGCGGGUCCUGCUCAGAUCCGUCGUGCGUUAUCCGGUCCGGGUCCGAGGAGAAACUACACCACGACGGUCCGGGUCGCCACCGACGCCGCCUCCGCCUCCUCCUCCGCCGCCGACGAUGCCGUCGACGAUCCCUACCCGGGUAUCGACACCAACGGCGUCGACCUCGACGAGUUCGAGCAGUUCGUGAUGUCCAUGCAGGCCGACUUCAUCGCCGAUAUGGAGGCGCUCGACGGCAGCGAAGAUCACAAGUUCGGGUUGGACGCGUGGGUGAGGGGCGAGCCCGGGAGCGGAUUCGGCGUGACCCGCGUCCUCGAGGGCGGCGACGUCUUCGAAAAGGCUGCCGCGAACGUGUCCAUAAUCCGGGGCGUCCUCACCCCCGAGCGCGCCAAGGCCAUGUCCUCCAGGGGCAGGGAUUGCGUCGACCCCGCGGGGGGCCAGCCGUACAGCGCCGCGGCGCUCUCCGUGGUCAUACACCCAAAGUCCCCGAUGGUCCCCACGUUCAGGGCGGACGUCAGGAGGUUCACGGUGGCCGGGACGUCCUGGUUCGGCGGCGGCGCGGACCUGACACCGUACUACCUGUUCGAGGAGGACGCGAGGGAAUUUCACGCGCACUGGCGCCGCGUGUGCGACGCGCACGAUCCGGAAGUUUUGGCGAAGAAGAUGUGCAAGCGGUGGUGCGACGAUUACUUUUACAUCCCGGCUCGUGGCGAGCACCGCGGCGUCGGCGGCGUGUUCUUCGACGACCUCCAGGCGACGGACGCGGAGGCGUUCACUCGCGCCGUCGCGCAACAUUGGACCAAAUCGUACCAACCAAUCGUGAACCGACGGAGAGUCGAACCGUACGGCGAGGAACAGAUGAGAUGGCACCAGCAGAGGCGGGGCCGGUACGUCGAGUUCAACUUACUGUACGACCGCGGGGUAAGGUUCGGGCUGGACGGCGGAAGGGUGGAGAGCAUCAUGGUGUCGGCGCCGCCCCGCGUGCGGUGGGACUACGACGUACAACCCGCCGCCGGGUCGCGCGAGGCGGCGCUCGUGGAGGUGCUCAUGAACCCGAGGGACUGGUGA